UGAGUUGUCCCAAAAGUUUCUUUUGCUUUGUAAGUAAAUAAUGAGUGCAUAAUAUUUUAUAUUUUAUACCAUGUCAUUGAGCUAUGUACAAUUCAUUCUUCACAUAAUAUCAUUUUCCCAGAAUUUUUGGGAUUUCCUAGCAAGAUAUCGUUUUAGAUGCAUUUUUAGGUCAUUUAUUGAACUGAAUCUUUUAUCGUGAAAACAAUUUUUUAACGGAACGAAUGAAUAAUAAUAAUCACGCGGAGCCACAUCCGGAGAUUAUGGAAAAUGAGAUAGAACAACCCAAUCAAAUGAUAAUAAUUUGUUUCUAACGGUUAAAGAUAUAUGGGUCCUGACGUUAUUGCAGUAGAAUACGACGUCUGUUCGUUAACUCUGGCCAUUAGAAACAACUUAUUAAAUUUGAUUGCGAUGUCUUACCUCCUCCGUACUCUCCGGAUAUUCCACCGUGAUUAUUGUUUAUUCUUCUUGUUAAAAAAUUCUCUUCGCGGUAAAAGAAUCAGUUCAAUAGAUGAUAUUAAAAUACCUAAAACAAUAUUUUUCUAGCAAAUCCCGGAAGUUUUGGAAAAAUAGUAUUAUGUAUAUUAGAGAGAUGGAGAAAAGUAAUAGAUCAUAAUGGGUCGUACGUAACUCAAUAAUUUGAUAUAAAAUAAAAUAUUGUACAUCUAUUAUUUAUUAAUAAAAAGAGAGAAUCUUUUGGGACAACCUAAUGUAAUAUUGAUAGUGAUAACAUUUAUUAAUAAUUAGCAGGAAAAAGCUCUUUGUUAGAUACAGUAAUUAAUAAAAACAAUGAAAAAAUAUAAAGAAUCGUCGAUUUAUAAAAGUGAUCGUGAUAGAAAUGUUUUAAACGAAGUUACGCAUGCAGCACUUCAGAUGCAAUGAACUCCAGAAUGCAAGGUCAAACGGGACUGGACACGCUUCCCGUAGCAAGAAAGUUGUACGGCCCUGUAAUAAAGAGUUAAUCGGCAGUCGCCGUCAAGAAUUCGUUGGGAUCGCAUAUCGUUUCUAUUGCGUUCGCCGUUAGAUAAAGCGUGCGUUGGAAACAUAAUGCUUCUUCUGCUAAAUAAAGUGAAUUCAACGAACUACGUGAAAAAUUCUUUUUUCAUCGCAACAUCUAACUAUAUGCAACCAAUGAAUCAUAGUGAAUAAUGUACAUCUUCUUUGUUACCUUCUUGAUGUAUUCUUCAUCAACUAGUGCAAUCUCCUUAUUGCGUAUAAAAUUUUCAUAUUAGAUGAAUCUAAAAUUGUGAAAAAUUACAGUCAACUGAACGUGUCCUAAAAAUUAUUUACUAAUUAGUAAUAAUUGCUAAACACUUUAAAUUAGUAUUUACUCACAAUAACAUUGUGUCUUUAAAAUCAGCUAUUACAAAAUAGUUUGAAGUUUUAAUUUUUGAAAGUGUGAACAUAUGUAUAUAUAUUAUGAUGUAACAUUGCUGGAAGUAUAUGUAUAUAUAUAUAUUUAGUAUUCCCCUCGAUGGAAUUUUGAUUAUGUGAAACUAAGUGAUCAUUUAUAUUUAUUUUGUGGAGGAAAACAUCCAUUUCAUAAGCAGCAAAUAGCUGAAGCAUUUUGAGCUAUAAUCAUCAUUUGUGAUUGUGCGCUGUAUAUGUGAUAACAGAUGAUAACAUAGUGCAACCUGCGUAAAUAUCCAUUUUCGUGGGUCAAAUUCCAGUGGUUUAUCUGGACGAUUAGUUUAAAUACAUAUUUAACAGUCGUCGGAUGUAAGAAAUCAAGAUGCAAGUGCAUCAUAAUAAUGCAAUCGUUAAUCCAUCAGCGAGAAUGAUCGGCGAAGAAGAAUGCACCGUUCAACUGACAAUGGGGGAGGACCAGAAAUUUUUGAAUUCAAAUUCUCAGUCGGUUACCAAGAUGCACAUCGAGUUUGACAAUCUCUCGUAUUCCAUCUGCUCUGGUAAAGAAAAAUCAAAAAGAAUAUUAGAGGAUAUAACAGGAUGUUUCCGACCUGAGAGAUUAACGGCGAUUAUCGGUCCUUCCGGUGCUGGGAAAACGACGUUGCUUCGUAUUAUAUGUAACCUGAAAAGUACAAAUGUUAAAGGAUCGAUCACAGUUAACGGUAAAGAAUGGAAUGGCAGAGCUUUCCGAAAACAUACAUGUUUCUUACCGCAAGAAUUUCCUUUACAACCUCUUCUUACUGCCAGAGAAACGCUCUACAUUGCAGCACGUUUAAAGGUUCAUGGUAUUCGUGAACUGCGCUCCUUCAAUUUGAUUGUAACGGAAAUAGCAGAAAAUUUGAAUUUGACAAGCUGCUUAGACACUCUAGUAAAGAAUCUAAGUGGUGGAGAACGGAAAAGAUUAUCAAUUGGUUUAGAAAUAAUCACAAAACCAUCUGUCUUAUUACUCGACGAACCAACCAGUGGACUUGAUAGUACAUCUUCGAAUCAGGUAAUUGCACUGUUGCAUAAAAUAGCAAAAGGAGGUUGCACAGUCGUUUGUGCGAUUCAUCAACCCAGUAGUCGUAUGAUAUCGCAAUUUGACGAUUUACUGGUUAUACAUAACGGGACGUCGUUUUAUUGCGGAGCUUGGAACAACGUUUUCUGCACGUUUAGUGAAGCAGGAUAUGUGUGUCCUCAGUUUUAUAAUAUAUCCGAAUUUGUUGUAGAAGUUGUAACUGGGGAAAGAAGUGGCGAUUUAAAUAAUCUACAGGAACUUAGUCGAGAUAAAUACUUAAAAUGGAAGAAACACUUCCAACAUCCUAUUAGGGGAAUAAAUGUUAAAGUUGCCGCAAAAUUGGAUAAUAGUACCGACAUAUCGAAGCUAUCGUCUAUAUGGCAAGAACAGAAGAUUUUAUUAUUAAAAGCACUAAUUUGUAUUAAACGAGACAAUACUUUGACAAAACUGAGAUUCGCAGCUCACGUUGUAGUAGCUUUUUUACUAGGCAUAGUAUUUUACGAUUCAGGAACUAAUGCUAGUAGGGUUCACAGCAAUAUAGCUUGUGUAUUUUUUAUUCUGCUGUUUUUAUAUUUCGCGAAUUCCAUGCCGGCUGUGCAGAUAUUUCCUAUAGAAGCUGCAGUUUUUAUACGAGAGUACUUAAAUAAUUGGUAUCAUUUAAGGUCUUACUUUUCUGUAAAAGUAUUGUCAGAUUUGCCAUUACAAAUUCUUACACCUUCGGUAUUUAUUUCAAUUGCAUACUAUAUGACUGGUCAACCGAUGCAAUGCGAUAGAUUUUUACGUACGUGGUUAAUUUGUAUUUUAACAACAAUUCUUGGACAAUCAUCAGGAAUGCUUGUUGGGGCUGCAUUCGAUACGCAUAUGGGAAUUUUCUUGAUUCCUGCACUCAAUAUGCCAAUGAUAUUAUUUGCCGGCUUUUUCCUAAAAUUUACGGAAGUGCCAUCAUUUCUCCAACCUUUAUGUUCCACUAGUUUCUUUAGGUAUGGAUUUGAAGGUAUGUUGCAAGCAAUUUACGAUGGAAACAGAGAAAAUUUACGGUGUGAUGAAAUCUAUUGUCCAUUACGUUCACCUAAAAAGAUUUUAGAAGAAAUAGAUAUGCCCGCAAUUUCCUAUUACAUGACUGUAUUAGGUUUAUCUGUUUGGAUAGUGUGUUUACAACUCUUGACAUACUUGGUACUUAAAUGGAAAGCACAUAAAGCCAAAAGAUGAUGUGCUUAAAUGUAUCUAUACAUACUUUUCAUAUGAUAUCGAGUUAAUUAAUAUUUUUAUCACAAGAUAUUAUUAAUACUUAUAUUGAUAUUUUUGUAAAUUUUGUCAUUGUGAUAUUUGUAUACAAUUAAUAAUAUUAUAUAACUGGUUAUAUAAUUAUAUUAUAACUAUUAUGUAACUAUUAUAAUAUAUAAAUGGUAAUACUUAUUCUUUAUUUAAGGCAUAUUUACAUACGUUCCAUUACAGCUCGUAAGUCAAGCAAUUUAUAAAAAUUUUCGAAUAUUACACGUGUUGCGAUAACAUUUAUCGGAUUUUAUAUAAAUAGAUAAGAGUACUAAAUCUUUUUUUAUAAUACACUAAAUGCUUCUAUUUUUUCACCUAAUUAUACUUUCAAGAUCUAAGAUACGGAUUUUCUUAUCAAGAUAAAUAUUUUCCACUAUCUAUGUAUGUUCAUAUUACAAAUAUCGAACACUUUUAUACUCGAUCAAGAAAUAUUCAUUCGUAGAAGUAUUAUAUCUGAGGAUUAUCCAAGGGUUAUCAUAAGUUUAAUAAAUGUACUCUAUUAGAAAUA